AUGUUUUCCUUAUUUACUAUCGUCUCAUUUGCCACAAUAAUGUCAUCGCAGGCUCAAGGAGGUGGAAUGAUGUGCAGUUUUUGUGUGACUAUCAUAACAAAUACUCAAGAUGCGUUCGGCCCAUCCAUCGUGAACGCUAGCGAUGUGAAAUUAUUCGAGUAUUUUCGGAAAGAAUGUCCACGAUAUGCAAUUAAAUCGGCUAUGCUUGCUGGUGAAUGUGAAUACCUUGUUAGCAACCAUCCUCUGAUUCUUUUUCGGGAUCUUCGAUCCCAAAAAUCACCGUUGGACACGUGCAUGGAUUUGAGUGUUUGUUAA